UUUUGAUCCACUAAUGUAGAAAAAAAGUCUUAUCAAACUAUCAGCGUCACGAUUUUAAAUUCUUGCCAACACUCAUAUAUAAUGAAAAUUUAGAAAGAUUUAGAUGAAUUACAUUUACCAGACAUGAAGUGCACAGUAUUAAUUUUUGGUUUUCUGGUUCUUUGUUCUUUAACUCAUUUGGUACAAGGAAAUGUUCUCUAUAGAAACAAAAGAUCAGGACCUCCUCGAUUGACACCGUUCAUUAUUAAUAGUUCCGGAAGCCAGAAUAGUGGAAACGCUAUUUCCAACGGAAAUGAUGAUGUUAGUGGAAAUCUUGUGAACGGAAAUAGCAAUGGAGAUAACUCUAAUUCCGGAAAUAUUAAUAGACCUAAACCUACCACGUCAACAACUACAACUACUACUACCACAAGUACAACGGAAUCAGAUUCUGGAACCAGCGGCACUGAUGAUACCAACAGUUCUGGUAAUGAUCAAAAUAAUGCAGAUCAAACCUCUCCUCCAACUAUAACUGAUCUUCCAACUACGACUGAUCUUCCAACUACGACUGAUCUUCCAUCUACGACUGAUCUUCCAUCUACAACUGAUCUUCCAACUACAACAGAGCUCCCAACUUCUACUGAUCCUCAACCUUCAUCAAACCCCACUGAUGAUGACUCUUCAUCCUCGAUAAAUUCUGAUUCCACUGAAACAACAUCUGCCGAAACAUCAUCAAACUCUCAAGAUUCUUCAACUGAUCGGGAACCUUCUACUACAUCAUCUGCCGAAUCUUCAACUACUUCGGAGACAGAAACUUCUUCAGAUCAGAAAUCAACCACUAUUACAGAUGAUGAUUCUACAUCAGAUUCCGAAUCAGAUGCAACUUCUACAACAGCAGACUCUCCGAGGUUAUCACCGUUUAUUAUAAACAACGCCGGGAGCAACAACAGUGGUAAUGCCAUUUCUAAUGGGAAUGACGAUGCCGAUGGAAACCUGGUAAAUGGAAACGGAAACGGCGAAAAUCAACAUUCUGGAAAUAUUAAUUCUGGAUCAAGAAUUAUAACAACUUUCAUCAUAAACAACUCGGGUGAUAAAAAUUCCGGUAACAACAUAACAAACGGAAAUGAUGACACUAAUGGAAACUUGGUAAAUGGAAACGGAAAUGGUAACAAUACAGAAUCUGGAAAUAUAUCCGGACAAAGAAAUAAACGAGAAUUACAACCUCGAAUUAUCAAUAAUUCGGGCGACAGUAACAAAAACAAUAACAUCAAUAACGGAAAUGAUAGCAGCAAUGGAAAUUUGAUAAAUGGAAACGGAAAUGGAGAAAAUUCCGCCUCGGGAAAUAUUAAUGAAAAUAAUAUUCCUCUAACGCGAAUUAUAAACAAUGCCGGAAGUAAUAACAAUGAUAACAGCAUUAUCAAUGGAAAUGACAAUUCAACUGGUAAUUUGGUAAACGGAAACGGAAAUGGUAACAACAAUCAAACCGGUAAUAUUUCCACAAAAAGAAAGAGGCGUCAAAUUUCGCGAAUUAUCAAUAAUUCCGGUGAUAGUAAUCAAAAGAACAACAUUACAAACGGUGAUGACAAUUCUAAUGGUAAUUUGGUAAAUGGAAAUGGAAACGGUAACAAUAAUCAGUCAGGCAAUAUUUCCAGAGGAAAGAGUAAUCAAUUGUCACGCAUUAUCAAUAAUUCGGGUGAUAACAAUCAAGACAAUUCAAUCAGUAACGGAAGUGAUGACAGCGAUGGAAAUUUAAUCAAUGGAAAUGGAAAUGGAGAAAAUUCUAAUUCGGGAAAUAUUCACCAAAAAGAUAUUCCUCAAUCGCGAAUUAUAAAUAAUUCCGGUGGUUCAAAUAGUAUAUCAGACGGUGAUAAUGAUAUUAAUGGAAAUUUGGUGAAUGGAAAUAAUAACAAAGAUAGAAAUAACACUGGUAACAUUUUGAAAAAUUCACAAUCACUCGAUCGUAUCAUUAAUAAUGCAGGUAACAAUAAUACAGCGAAUAAUAUUUCCAAUGGAAAUGACGACUCUAAUGGUAAUUUGGUGAAUGGAAAUAAAAAUGGUGAAAAUUCUAAUUCGGGAAAUAUUGCAAAAAAACGUGAUUCCUCUCUAUUGCGAAUUAUAAACAAUACUGGUAGUAAUAAUAAUCAGAGCAAUAUUUCCAAUGGUAACGAUAAUAUUAAUGGAAAUUUGGUGAAUGGAGAUGGAUCAAGUGGAUCAAAUUGGCACGGACAAGCUGGAUCUCUUAAUUUAACUUUAUCGAGAAUUAAUAAUAUAUGAUAUUAUAUUAAUAUUAAUAUAAAUCUUCCUUUAAAAAGAGAAAAAGAUUCGAAUACAAAAAAAAUAAAUAGAAAAAUUAAAAAAAUAGAUAUGUAAUGCCUAUAUAUGUAAAUAUUAUUCGUAAUAGUUAAAUUUUAAAAUAUUCUGUGAUUAAUAAAAUAUUUUCUUUUUUUAAUAGAAAUAAAGAGUCAAUGACUUAUCCCGUUUUACUUCAAUAUUAUUAUCAUUUUUAUUGUCAUCAGAUUAUCCACAAUUAUUGUCAAUUUUAAAUACAUGACGAGGUCAUUACAAUAAAGGUCGUGCAACACUUUUAUUAUAUGUCAUCCACAGCAAUAAUUAUUAUUAUUAUUUUACGAAAGAGAAAAAACACUCUCAAUUGGAGUCAUUUUCUAAAAUUAAAACAACAAAAAUUUUUUCUACACUUUUCUAAAUUUUAAGGUGUUAUUUAUUACUAAUAAAUAAAUAAAUAAUAUCAUUAUAAUAGAAUAUAAAAUUAAUUAUUAAUUAUAUGCUAUUAAUUAAAAGUUGUAUUAAUUUUUUGUUAUUUAAAAAAGAAUGCUGUCUUUAUUCUAGUAAAUCACUCCCUCUUAAUUCAGCAAAUAUCUUUUUAAAUAUUUUCAUUUUAUAUAAUCUAUAGUAUUUGAAAUUUGACGACACAUAAAUCUAGUCACUUACGAACUAUAUAUAAUCACGUCAAAGGCAUAAAAAAGAAUUUUUGGAUUUUUUUUUUUCUCUAACAGUCAGUGUCUAAACGGACGGUUUUGAAGUUCAUUUAAAAAAAAAACAGAUUUUUUACAUCCGUAUUAGGAAAAAGAUUAUUAUUCUUUCUCAUAUUAUUAAAAAAGCAUAUUUUUCAAAAUGUUAUAUAGAUAAAAGUUUAAAAAGAUUAUUACAUAUAUGUUUAAAAUAUUAAACAUUGUGUAUUUAUAAGAAAAAAGAAAUCUCAAUUAUAAAAUUUUGUUCAGUUAAAAAAAUGUACAAUAAGAAAAUUGCACAUUAAUUCUUAAAAUAUACAAUAUUUUUUCCCCAUAUUGUACGAUAUUUAUUAUAAUGUCCAAGAAUUCUUUUUACUCUGCAGUUUCAUUCGUAGUACAUUAAAGUUUUAUUUUAGUAUAUAUAUAUAAAUACGGAGAUGUCUACAU